GAGUUGCGCUGGCAGGUACACGGAGCACGAGAACACCUGUGCUUGCCGCACGACAAGAUGUCUGGAUUCGAUAACAACCCCUUUGCCGAACCAGUUGAUAUCAAUCCUUUCCAGGAUCCAUCAGUCACUCAGGUGACCAGCACUGCAGUCGAUGGCGUAGGAGAGUUUAACCCGUUUACAGCCACUGCUCUGGGUGGAAGCACCAUCCCUGUUUCAGUCGCUUCUCAACCAGCGGUCCUCCAGACGACUGUGGAGCCCAGUCCACAAGCCGGUGCCGCAGCGGGACAGGCGGAUCUCAUCCGUCAGCAAGAGGAGCUGGAGAAGAAAGCAGCGGAGCUGGAGCGUAAAGAACAGGAGCUUCGGGAUCGAGACACUGCGCGAGGUAAAGAGAACAACUGGCCACCUUUGCCCAGGUUUCUCCCCAUAAAACCUUGCUUUUAUCAGGAUUUUAAUGAAGAAAUUCCUGUGGAAUAUCAACGGGUUUGCAAGAUGAUGUACUACCUCUGGAUGUAUCACAGUGUGACGCUGCUCCUGAACAUGCUGGCCUGUCUGGCGUAUUUCUCUGUAAACACGACACAAGGAGUUGACUUCGGACUCGCAAUCCUCUGGUUUCUUUUGUUCACUCCCGUCGCGUUCCUCUGCUGGUACCGACCCGUUUACAAGGCCUUUAAAUCUGACAGCUCCUUCAGUUUCUUCUUUUUCUUCUUCAUUUUCUCAUUCCAAGUGAUCGUGUACAUCAUUCAGAGCGUGGGCAUCCCUGGCUGGGGAAACAGCGGCUGGAUCGCGGCGAUCAGUGUGAUCAACACCAGUAAAGCUGUGUCAGUCUUCAUGAUGCUGGUCGCUGCGUUCUUCUCUGUCAACGCCGUGCUGUCCAUCGUCUUACUCAAAAUGGUGCACUCCAUGUACAGGCACACGGGCGCGAGCUUCCAGAAGGCCCAGGACGAGUUCUCUCAAGGUGUCGUCACUAACCGAAGCUUCCAGUCCGCCGCCGCUACCGCCGCCGCUUCGGCCUUUCAGUAACAUCCACCGAGAACAUGCAGAUCUGCACCAAACCUCCAACGGAAGGACAAGCUGUGUUCGAGGCUCCUCAAAGCUGCAACA